UGACGGGCAGCUGUCGGGCUUGAUGAUGGAUGAGUUACAGGAUGUGCAGUUGACCGAGAUCAAACCCCUCUUGACGGACAAGAAUGGACAGAACUUCCAGGACUUUGACUGUCAGGAGCAUGACAUUGAGACUCCUCGUGGUGUCCUUCAUGUGACUUUGAGAGGGACCCCUAAAGGCAACCGGCCAGUCAUUCUCACCUAUCAUGACAUCGGACUCAACCAUAAGUCCUGUUUCAACACACUCUUUAACUUUGAGGACAUGCAGGAGAUCACCCAGCACUUUGCUGUGGUCCAUGUUGAUGCUCCAGGCCAGCAGGAAUCUGCCCCUCCAUUCCCCACCGGGUUCCUGUACCCCACCAUGGAUGAGCUUGCUGAAAUGCUACCAUCAGUUCUGACUCAUCUGAAAAUUAACAGUGUGAUUGGGAUCGGUGUCGGUGCAGGAGCUUAUAUCCUCACUAGAUUUGCUCUGAAUGAGCCUGCUCUGGUUGAGGGACUGGUUCUCAUCAAUGUGGACCCCUGUGCUAAGGGCUGGAUCGAUUGGGCUGCCUCUAAGCUGUCUGGAUGGACCAGCAAUCUCAUAGACAUUGUGAUGGCACACCAUUUCAGCACGGACGAGCUGACAGAGAACCAGGAGAUCAUCCAAACAUACCGCCUGCACAUUGCUCAGGACAUCAAUCAGGACAACCUGGCGCUCUUUUGCCAGUCCUACAACAGCCGGCGAGAUCUCGAGAUUGAGAGGCCUGUUCUGGGAAUUAAUGAAAAUGCAGUUAAAACGCUGAAGUGUCCUGCCCUGCUGAUUGUUGGAGACACAUCACCAGCGGUGGAGGCUGUGGUUGAAUGCAACUCUAGGCUUAACCCAACCAAGACUACUUUACUCAAGAUGGCAGAUUGUGGUGGUCUUCCUCAAGUUGUCCAACCGGGUAAACUUGCUGAAGCUUUCAAGUACUUUGUCCAGGGAAUGGGCUAUAUGAUGCGUUCUUCAGCGUUCCCUCAUGUGCUGCUCAGCCACCUGAACAGCGAAUCAGUGCCCACCGCCAGCAUGACCCGAUUGGCACGCUCUCGCACUCACUCUGCCUCCAGCAUGGGCUCAGGGGACGGUUCGCGCAGCCGCACACACACCAGUUCACAGAUGGAGGGCGCCACUGGCGGCCCAGUCCUCGACAACCAGAACAGAACCAUGGAAGUAUCCUGCUAAACCUCUCAGAACCAAGCAACCAUUUCACUUGGGAUCAUUUGUGUGUGGCCCUUUUUUGUCCCCCCCAUCCACCCCCCCCCCCCCACUUCGUCGUCUCAUUUUCUCGUAGCCAGAGAGUGCUGGUCUAAUGAAGGGAUGCAUUGUUUGAUGUCUAGUAAUCCAUGUAUUUAACAUGUUGGAAAAUUUCUCCACUGCAUGGACGCACACUAAUCUUCUGUUGAUGUUUUUAAUCUUGAUUGGCUUUCUACUUUCUUACUCCAUUCUUUUAUAUCCACUCCCCGAUACGCUUGUCGUGUAUAUAUUUUGGUGGCGGCUGUUGUAUAUUGAACAUUCAGAGGGUAUUCUCGUGUGUAGCGGGAGAGUUCUUGUUCCCUCUCUUGCUCUAUCUAAGGUCUUCCUGCCCCUUGUGUUUACUAGAGACGACCAAACCACUACAAUUCCUUCCCGUAAUCGAAUGUUUCUUUUACUGCUUUGUUUUCUGUGCAUUUUAAAGGGUUUCUACUGCUCUUGAUGGAUGGCAACAGCUGGUUGGAUUCGAUUUUUAAUAGAAUUCAAUCAGUUGUAGUGUUUCCAGAGCAGAACUACUGAUUAGCAUGUCUCUGUUUAAAGUGUACUAUAAACAUUUGUGUUAGUAUUAAUUGUUUAGACCUUUCUGCAAAUGGUUUACAUGGAGAACUACUGUAUUGAGUUUUUGACCAGAAGCCCCUUAUUAGGAAAAUCUUUCUUUUAGGUUUGCACUUAAUAAUUCUCACAACCUAUUCUUGGGAAAUCUGCUACACCAAAACAAGCCUUUAGCUGAAGUUAAGUAGUAAUAAUGGACACACUUUAUUUUGAUGGUUCAUUUGUUGAAUUUAAGUUACAUUGCAUGUACAUGCCAACUAAUUCUCAUUAGAUUAUAAAUUGACUGUUGGGUUGGGGUUAGUGUAAUUGUAAGUUUCUUAUAGUCAGUUAAAUGUCUGUUGAAGGAGCAGUAUCAGCAGAUAAUAAACAGACAGUCUACUAAUACUCAACUCGAACAUCAAAAUAAAGUGUUACCAUAAUAUUUACCAUCUCUAAGUGUAAAUGGACCAUCAAAACAAAGUGUUACUGUAAUAUUUACCAUCUCUAAGUGUAAAUGGACCAUCAAAACAAAGUGUUACUGUAAUAUUUACCAACUCUAGGUGUAAAUGGACCAUCAAAAUAAAGUGUUACCAUAAUAUUUACCAUCUCUAGGUGUAAAUUGACCAUCAAAAUAAAGUGUUACUGUAAUAUUUACUAUCUCUAGGUGUAAGUCAGCACAAUUUUGACUUGACGUUCUCCAUUCUUUCUGUACAGCCGGGUGAUAUCCCAUUAACCUCAUAUUAUUUCGUCACUUCUGUUAGUUUUAUUGUUAUCAGUCUUUAUUCUUUUGAUUUCAUUGGAUGGCAAUUCCUUGUUUUUUGCUAAUUGUACCGCUGCCUUGAGUGAGUUUGUGAUGAUGCGUUGUGCUUUGUCCUCUAAGCAUUUAGGGGGCGUUGUACUGCAUACUGUCAGCUGAAUAUAUAUUGAUUUGUACGAAAUAUUGAAAUAAAGUAGUUGUACAUAAAACUUCAA